AUGGAGAAAAUGGGAAAAAAUCGGGAUAAAAAAUGGAGAUUAAAAAACGGGGAAAAAACCCGGGAAAUUGAGGGAGAUAAAAACAAAGGAAAAGAACAGGAAAAAAAGAAAAGAAAAAAAAGGAGAAAAAUCCGGGAUAUCGGAUCCUGGAGCGAGCGAUGGAUCCGUGGGGGGAGGAAGAGGAGGAGGAGGGAGGAGGAGGAGCCGGAGGUGAUUUUUGGGGAUGAGGGGGAGGAAGAUCCCUUCGAGGCCAACGGGAUCCAGGGAACCCCCGAGUCGAACCCGACCGCUCCGGAAAUCGUGGAAUUGGAUCCCGACUUCCCCAGCGCCGACCUCUCGGAGCGCGAAACUUUCCGCUGGACCGUGGUGCAACAAAUCGACCCCGGCGCGCCGUCGUCGUCGUCAUCGUCGUCGUCAAAAAGCCGCAAGAAAACCCCCAAAUCCCCGAAUUUCUCCAACUUCAAGAGCAUCAUCGUCCUCCAAAAAAGCUACGAGUGCUCCGAGUGCGGGAAGAGCUUCAGCUGCAGCUCCCAUUUCUCCAAACACCGCCGCACGCACACCGGGGAAAAACCGUUCCGCUGCUUGCACUGCGGCAAGAGUUUCAACGUCUCUUCCAACCUCUACCGGCACCAACGCGGCCACGGCGGCGGCGAAUCGGCGCCGGAAAAGCCUCGAGGGUUUCCUUACAAGUGCGAGGAGUGCGGGAAGAGUUUCCGGCGGAACAAGGAGUUGGCCACUCACCAACGGCUGCACACGGGGAAUUUGCCCUUCCAGUGCGGCGACUGCGGGAAGAGUUUCUCGUGGAGCUCCCAUUGGCUCCGGCACCAGCGGAUUCACACCGGCGAGAAGCCCUACGAGUGCCAGGAGUGCGGGAAGAGCUUCUCCAGGAGCUCUCACCUCUACCGGCACCAGCGCGGCCACGCCGGCGGGCGCUCGUACAUCUGCACCUACUGCGGGCGGAGUUUCGGCAGCAUCCUCCAUUUCGAGCGGCACCAGGGGACGCACACCGGCGUCAGGCCCUACAAAUGCUCCCUGUGCCGCAAGAGCUUCGGCGACGCGCCGGCGUUGGUGAAACACCAACGGGUUCAUCUCGGCGAAGGCCCGUUCCGCUGCGAGGAUUGCGGCAAAAGCUUCGGCGCCCGCUCGCAGUACGCGCGGCACCGGCGGAGCUUCCACGGAGGAUCCGGCGCGGAGAAGCCGUAUCGGUGCGGGGAUUGCGGGAAGAGCUUCUCGUGGAGCUCCCACUGGGAGAGGCACCAGCGGAUUCACACUGGGGAGAAACCCUACGAGUGUCCCGAGAGCGGGAAGAGUUUCGGGAGGACGUCGCAUCUGUACCGGCACCAGCGGACGCACGCCGGCGGUCGGCCUCACGUCUGCGGGGAAUGCGGGAAGAGUUUUAAUUCCACCCUCCACUUCCAGAAGCAUCAGAGGGCGCACGGGGCCGGGGCGCGGAAAAGUUGCGGGGAGUGCGGGAAGUCGUUCUCGGAUCCGUCGGCGUUGGCCAAGCAUCAACGGAUCCACGAGAAUUCCCAAAAAACCUGCUCGGAAUGCGGGAAGUCGUUCUCGGAUCCGUCGGCGUUGGCCAAGCAUCAACGGGUUCAUGAGGAGACCCAAAAAUGUGGGAGAUCCUUGGUUGAUUCGUUGACGUUGGCCAAGAAUCAACGGGUUCGUGAGGAGACACAAAAAUGUGGGAGAUCCUUGGUGGCGUCGCAAAAAAAUGGGGAAACCUCGGAUGAAUCCCAAGGAAUUUGCUCCAGUUGUGGGAAAACCUUUGGAGACCCUUCAUCGUUGGCCAAGCAUCAACGGGUCCAUGAGGAGACACAAAAAAUUGGGAAAUCCUUGGUGGAAUCCCAAAACACCUGCUCAGAAUGUGGGAAAACCUUUGGAGAUCCUUCAUCGUUGGCCAAGCAUCGACGGAUCCACGAGGAGACACAAAAAAUUGGGAGAUCUUUGGUUGAAUCCCAAAAAAAUGGGAGAUCCUUGGUGGAAUCCCAAAAAAUUGGGAAAUCCUUGGUGGAAUCCCAAAAAAUUGGGAAAUCUUUGGUUGAUUCGUCAACGUUGGCCAAGAAUCAAGAGGUUCUUGAGGAGACCCAAAAAAUUGGGAAAUCCUCGGAUGAAUCCCAAGAAAUUUGCCCCAAAUGUGGAAAAACCUUUGGAGAUCCUUCAAUGUUGGCCAAACAUCGACGGCUCCACGAUUCCGACCGAAUUUCGGGAUCGGAUCCAAAUUCCGGAAUCGCGGAGAGGAGGAAAUGCCGGAAGGGUGAAAAUCAAAAAUUUGGGGAAUUUUUUCCGACGUUUCCCGGCCGUAGUUUUCGGUAGGGUAGAGUAGGAAGAAGUAGGGGUAGAAAUGGUUAAAAAAAUUUGGAAUUUUUGGUUUUUCCGUGAGUUUUCCCAGGAAAAAUAAAAAAUCAGUUGGAGGAAAUCCCGGAAUUUUUGGGUGGUUUUGGAAUUUUUUUAUUUGGGGGGAGGGAAAAUCCUGAUUUGGAGGUUUUGAAGAAAAUCGGGAAUUUCGGGCGGUUCUGUAAUUUAUUGUAUUUAUUCAGCCGGAAAAUCCCGGAAAAUUUUGGGGAGGAAAUCCCAAAAUCGGGGGGAAAAAAGGAUUUGAUCCCAAAAAUCUUCUUGGAUUGGGGUGGGGAAAAAAUGGGAAUUCUGAUGUUUGUCCCAGGGUUUUUUGGGAUUUUUUUUGGAAUUUUCUUCUUUGUUUGUAAUGUGAAUAAAAAAUAGAUUUA